AUGCACAUAGAAGAACACGUUGAGAAGACAGUGUUCACGGUCACGAACAUCGGUCCGGAGGAUGUAAUCGUUGGGUUGGACUGGCUACCGACUGCGCGUGAUACGGGGGUCAGGCCCACAGCGCGCAGGCGUUCGCCAAAGUCCAAACGGUCGGUUAUAGGCGCUUGCCGGAGUAAGGUACUCCCGGACUUCGAACUCGAAGAAGACACGGUGGAAGUAGAGUGGGACGAUGCCAAUCUGAUCGAAGCCUGGGAGCAAGGUAUCAUGCUUCCCGGCGCCCCUCAGCUAUUUGUUGCAGCAGGGCAUACGUACUCCCAGCUGUUUGCUAAGGAAGAGAUCAAGAAGAAGGUCGUUAAGACUGCCGAGGAGUCGGUACCUAAACAGUACCACGAGUUCCUGAAU